UUCUCAGUACGGGUAUUAAGAAGAGACAAACUUAAUAUCCUUUGCGUUCGUUUGUUUUCGUUACAAAAAUUUAAAACAUGGCUUCGGUGGUGCUGAAACGUUUCCCUCAGUGCUGCGUGAUGUCUUUUGUAAUGUGUGUUCGUGCGCGAUUGUUGCCACCUUUAUGUGCAGCAAGAAAAUGCCGAAGUUACGCAUCAUCCCCUGAAGGUGGCGAUAGAGUUCCAAAGAUUUACACGAAGACCGGUGACAAAGGCUUCUCCAGUACAUUUACUGGGGAGAGAAGACCAAAGGAGGAUCCUGUAUUUGAAGCCUUGGGAGCGGCAGAUGAACUCUCUGCAGCAAUAGGAUUGGCCAGGGAGUUUUGUCUUGAUCAUGGGCAUCCCUUCACAGAAGAACUCGACAAGAUACAAUGUAUCCUGCAAGACGUGGGAUCAAACAUUGCAACACCCCUGUCAUCGGCAAGAGAGAGUCACACAAAAAAGACAAAGUUUAGUGCUCACGCUGUGUCAGACCUCGAGUGCUGGAUCGACAGGUACACAGCAGAACUUCCUCCACUGAAAAACUUCAUUCUCCCGAGUGGUGGGAAGAGCAGCACAUCGCUCCACGUGGCCCGGACAGCCUGCCGCAGAGCUGAGCGCAGGGCAAUUCCCAUAGUACGGGCAGGGGAAGCAGACCCAGACGUGGCCAUAUUUCUCAACAGGCUGAGUGACUAUCUGUUCGUAGUGGCCCGAUACGCAGCUCUGAAGGAGGGUCAGCAGGAGAGAAUCUACCAGAGACCUGAAUGAUGAGCGGCAGAGUGAAAGUACAACAGGUUCUCCUGUAGCCGAGCCUUAUGAAAACGGACUCCUGAAUUCAAUUCUGAGUGAAGUGAAGGUUGGCUUGUCUUCAUUGUGAACGACGUAAUAUCUGCACCCAGAGUAGGGUCGACAAGUUAUUUCUCACCCCAAUAUUGCCCCAGCAUACUGGAUAUGGUAAAUGGCUUAAGUUUCAUAAUGUUUAUAAAUUUGCUAUAAUAAAUGAAUUAUUUCAUUCAAAAA